AUGGAGUCACCCCCGCUGCGGGUGGCAGUGGUGUGCUCAAGUAACCAGAACCGCAGCAUGGAGGCACACUACAUCCUCAGCAAACGAGGUUUUAAUGUCCGUUCCUUUGGCACAGGAAGCUGCAUGAUGUUUUGUGGACCAGCAUGCAAGAAGCCAAACAUUUAUAAUUUCAAAAUCACGUAUGAGAAGAUGUACAACGAUCUCGUUAAAAAAGAUCGAGAUUUCUAUACGCAAAAGGGCAUCUUACAUAUGCUGGAUAGAAACAGGAAAAUCAAGCCCAGGCCAGAAAGGUUCCAGGAAUGCAGAGAUCAGUUUGACCUGAUCUUUACCUGUGAAGAGCAAGUAUAUGACCGAGUUGUGGAAGAAAUGUAUUCUAGAGAGCAAGAGACCUGCCAGCCAGUGCACGUGAUCAACAUAGACAUUAAGGACAACCCAGAAGACGCCACCCUGGGGGCAUUCCUCAUCUGCGAGAUGUGCCAGUGCUUCCAGUACACAGACGAUAUGGAGAAUGACAUGGAUUUGCUGCUGCAGGACUUCGAGAGGAGGAAAGGCAGGUCCUUCCUCCACACCGUCUGCUUCUACUGAAGGUCUGGCCUCCUGGUACCUCGCAGCCC